UUAUUCCCAUACAACAAUUUUCCCACUGAAACUGUAAUACGUAGAGAAGUCACACCUCCGCGCUAAGCGCGGAGUCGUGCAGCGCAAGGUGCAGAGAGUAGCCUCUGUAGAGUGUCGUGUUGUCAGUGGCUCUGCGCCCAGUGUCCAAGAAUUUUGUGUAGUUUUAUCGUAAUAUGGUGAAGUGUAUCAACAGUAAAAGGUCAAGUGCUAGAAAAACAAAUCCCCCAAUUGGCCCGUAACAUCAACAACAAACAUGACCGGAAUUUUAUUUCUCCCGUUGUGAUGGAUCAUAACAUCGAGAAUAUGUGCAAGAUGAAUUACGCGGGGGUGCCGGUUUACAAUACAGGGAAUGGUGAUGAUGGUUAAUUCUUCUUCCCUUUUUUUUCUUCAUAAAAUACGAUCACUUUGCCUGAUCAACGCAUCCGUUGCGAAGAAAUUAUUUGGGACUUCGUCAGGAUAAAUAAUUCUCAUGGAAUUUCUGUCAUUCUGGUGAAUAACGGGACACAAUGUUUUUCAAAUUUGAAAAUAAAAAGACGAUAGAGGUGGAAAAAUAGAAGUAAAACCGCCAAGUGGACAUCGUCAAGGCCGCGGUGAUAGAGCUUCAGUGGAUAACGAGCAGUGAAUAGUGAAAAAAAUAUUGAGUCGAGGGAAAAUGUAAAUAAAGAAUUUGUGGAAUGAUGAAUGGACUGUCAUGCGAUCGGACUGUUGUGACGAAUUUGGAUCGAAGUAGAUCGUGAUCCAGCGAAAAAAAUCAUCCCAGGCAUGAGAAGAAUUGAGCAAUUCCAAGUUACUUGUGAUGGAUUUUUUUAAAAUGAAAUAACGCAAUGAAAACAGCGAGUAACUGUACGGAUUACGAAAUUCCGAGUUUCUCGGGAGUUUUUUCAAUUUCACUGGUGAAAUGAAAAUAUUUGUGAGGCUAAGGGCGUACCAUACGCUGCGUAUUGGUUACACAAACGAACAGAAGCAUCAAAAUAUGUCGUUUGCAUGUAAAUCGCGUGCCAAAGCACGCACAUCUCCCGUUACUAGACUUUAUCAGAACUAUUUUUAAUUUUUUUGUCUCUCCCCUUGAUUUUCACGAGCUGUGCGUGAGCGAACGUGAGUUUUUUUUUGGUUCGCGCUUAAAGUAUUUUGAUCGCUGCUCAUCUUGGGAAUUUUUGACAUGUUGCACUUGGCCUGUUAUUACUCGGAUGUUUGUACAACGUGUAUGAUUAAACGUAUACUCCGUCAAUCGUGUUGUACGUGACGCGAUGUCGGGGGGAAACGUCGUGUCGUCACCCCGUGGCGCCGGUGCUGAGUGCAGGAAAUUUGUUCCUAAUAUAUUCAACAAAAGCAAGUGCAGUAGUUGCUUUAAACAGAAGGAGGAACACAGCGCCGAGGCAUUGGAAUCCAAUCGAGCCACACGGAAGAUAUCCAAAUAUGGCUACCUCUUUGUCGCACCCAACUGGGAUUUUUCCAAUCCGCUCAAUCGAACCAAAAGGUGGCAGCGAAGGUGGUUCGUGUUAUACGAUGACGGAGAGCUGACAUACUCACUUGAUGAACACCCGGAGACAGUACCGCAAGCGAGAAUUGAUAUGACACGGGUACUGGAAGUAGCUGCUGCUGACGAUGUUACUGGCCAUCCCAACAGCCUUGCAAUCACAUCACCCGACGGUGUGACAUUUAUCAAGGGAACUUGCAGGGAGGAGACCAGAUGGUGGGGGGAUGUGUUGCAAGUUUACUCCAGGAAUAAGGGAAGGCACAAGCGAAAUGCAACAUUUCCUGGAGGACAAACAACGAUUCUGCAGGUGUCGUCAUCGAUAAGGAGCAAUACUCCGGAUCCUCUUCGACCGCGAUUCAACAGCUGUCGAUCGGAAAGCCGAAGUUCAACAGCCUGGUCAGCUGAUGUAUCAAAUCACAAUUCAAGUGGUACAGUAUCACCAAAUGAGUCGUACGUAACAAGCAACAAUCGAACCUCAUCCAUCUCCUGCAUAAGUGAGAAUGGAAAUUCAUUAUCAAGAACGAAUGUGGUCUCACCAGUGAGAAGUACAAGCCUUGAGAACGGAAGUGUUUAUAAUUAUCCUAGUGCACCAUCGGUAACAGUCAAUGGUGGUAUUGUACAACGAUCGAGUGGUGCCAGUGUUGGUGGAUCAACUGGUGUUAUGAAUUCUGAGAAAACCUCAAUUUUACCUGGUACCAGUGAUACCAGAUCUUAUCUUGAUCAUCCAGCGAGCUCAGCAUCACCACCAACACGAGACAAAUUACGUGCCGAGGAUAAGGCAAGACGACGAAUGAGUCAGCAGACUGAAAGACCAUCGAGUGGCAUUGAUGCGACGGAAAAACUAGAUGACGAGGCGUGUAGAAGAAUCUUACUGGAGCAUGAGCGUGAACGUGAGGGUAAAUUGCGUGACAUAGCUGUCUCCCUUACGCAACCACGAGUCCGUCGAACUAAGCCAAGAAACACUGAGCCAACUAGGGACGUUGUAGAUAACGUUAAUACACCACAUCAGGAUAAACUAGUUAGAGGUGAUCCUGAUGGUUGUGGACUCGAUAUAUCAGGGAUCAGAUAUUCACCGAUAUCUGAAUUGAGAGUUGAUCUACCUGCUGAGGAUCUUCUCAACAUCAAGAAGGGAUGGCUUAUGAAACAAGGUCUGAAUAAGGAGUGGAGCAAACACUGGUUUGUCCUUCGUGGAUUUGGACUGAUGUAUUACAGGGAUCCUACCACUGAAGACAAAGGCAUCAUGGAUGGUGUUAUAGAUCUGAAUACCGUUACAGCUGUAUUACCGGUGCAAGUGGCGAGAAAUUAUGGAUUUCAAACUGUGACGUGGGACGAUCGUGGUACAACAGUUUUCUCCGCUGUAACAGCUGGAAUACGAUCAAGCUGGGUGUCAGCAAUACGCCGUGCUGCUAAUCUAUCCGAUUCUGAUGACGUAAUUGUGGAUAAUCAUAUUCUGUGUCAUGGAAAUCAGCAGCAAGAUACCAACAAGAGUCAGUCACCCACUGCAUCCAUGACCGAGCGCGAGAGUGAUCAAGUAAUUCCCUCAUCAAUGCCCUUGACACCCCGAUCAGUCCUAUUCUCUUCCGACGAAGAAUAUAGAACUGCCUCAGAGGGUGGUAGACGUGAAUCCGGUGAUUGGUCAGAGAUCCCAGUAACUCCACCCCUCACCCGAAAUCGCGAUUGGCCCUUAAAGGUAACAAAUUGGUCAGACGUAUCAGCCCUCGAGUGGUCGGAGUUGCCACCAUCACCGCCUUUGACACGAACCGCAUUAUCUCGGGUCAAAGCACGAUCUCGCUCAAACUCUCGAACUCGUGUUUACAAGCGCACUAGAAGCUCUCCCCCAAGCUCUCGUCGUAGCACCCUAGACAGCGUACAUUCGGAGGACUUGAUGAUGGCCUGUUGUGAACUCGACGAGGAGCAACACAACCUGGACCCACCCAAUGAAACUCCGUUGAUAGUCGAACUCCUCGAGAGCCAAGUCACGAUGUUUAAAGAUCAAAUCGCCCAGAAUGAUCACCCAACUAGUCUCCUAGUCAUAAUCGAUCGUCAGAAAAAUGAACUUGCGGCUUUGAAGUCGCAAUUGCACUCGGCUAGAUCAGAACUAUCGAGUGCGGAGAAAGAGCUUGCACGUUUGAGGCAGUAUCGAGCAGAAGCUGCGAUUAGGGAGAGUCGAAUUGAGGAAUUGCUCAAUACAGUUCAGAGGACAGAGCAACAGCGGACGAAGGACGUGGAGGACUUUGACAAAAUGAAAAAACUUGUCUCGAGGGAGAAAGACGUCAUUGAGUGUAAAUUACUGGAAACUGAAGCUCUGCUGAGAGAAACGACGGAGAGAUGUGAGAUCCUGUCGAAGGAGUUGUCCUCGAGUCAUCUGACUGUCGAGUGUCUGCAGAAGGAAAUCACAUUGUUGAGUGGAAAGUUAGCACAAGGAAUCGAGGAGAACGACAGAAUCUACGAGAGAAUACGAGAAUUGGAGGGAAAGAAUAGUUUGUCAGUUUCUCGAGAGCGCGGUAAGAGCUUUGAUUCUUUGAGUGAUCUGACUAAUAUUGAUCUCGAUCUGGAUCUCAGUGGUUUUGAUAAAGAGAGAAUCAUGGAGGAGUUUGAUGAAUUGCGGGGUAGAUUCGAGAAGGCGAUUCUGGAGAUUCGAGCAAUGCGUAAGGAACUCAGAGAAGCUCAUGCCGCUCAAGAUGCAGCGGAGCUUGAAUUAUUCGCUUAUAGACAGGAUAACGCACGGAUUAAAGAUACGAAUCAGGCUCAGGUUCAGCUAAUGGCAGCUAGGAUUCAAGACUUGACGAACAAAUUGGCAGCUAGUGAGAAACAGAUGAGACAGUUUAAACAGAAAUUGACGAAGACUGAGGGCAGGGACAAGAGAAGGUCUCUAUCGUUGAAGGGUCGUGAGUCUUUCUCGAUUUCCCAGGAAGUUGAGGACAAGCUUCUCGAUUUAGAGAACAAGAUCAUUGCGAUCGAGAAGAACCAGGUGCUUCCGGCCCUGAUGACAACCUCGAAAGAUUAUCAAACGAGUAUGAAGAAGGAACAUAAACGAGAGCACAAGAGUCUCGAUAGAACGAGACUCAGACGAAAGUCCUUGGACAGUGCGACGAGUUCGGAACCCAUGAAGGUUCUGAUUCGCCUGACUACGCUUGAGAGAAAAGUCGCUAGUGUUGAACGGGAGAGUCCUCAGAGUGAUGUUGAUAAAGAUUCAAGUGAGCACAGCGAAGGGAGUGUCACAUCGAGUACAGAAGUGUCCAUGGAGAUAUUGAUGAGACUUAAGAAAUAUGAGAAGGCCGUUGGUAAGUCUAAAAGAUGUUUAGAGAAAUGUCUGAGAUCCAAUCAAAUCGAGGAGAAAGCUGAGAGAUGUCUUCGAGAGGUCGAUCAUAUACUUGAUUCCUGCUUUGAGCUGAGGAACAUUCAAUCAUCUAGUCCAAUUGUUCCAGAAGCGAUCAACAGUGUUGUAUUGAAAUUUGAGAAGGCAUUAACCGAGAAGAUGAUGGAACUCACGUCUCGCCGAAGAAAGCUUCAGGAAGUUGGAGAACUUGAUGAUUGCGCGAAGAUGCGAUUGUUGACCGAAAGAAUAGCUUAUGAAUUUAUCAUAAUUCAUCAGCUGAAACACGCCAUUAUCGGAGAUAAGUCGAUCAAUCGUAGUAGUUUCUUGGGCGAGUUGGUUGAGACUAGUCAAUUAAUAUCAGCACUCAAAUCCAAGAUCGAUGCUUCUUCGAAGAUCUACCAGAAUAAGAACUAUUGUGUGCAAUAUUUGACGAAUGUUUUGAUGGAAAAAUCAGUCCUUGUGUCUGGUAAGUCGGAAAAAUGUGACGCAUUCGGAUUGGAAGUAACUCCCGCAAAUCAGUACCGAGAAUUUCUAUUACAACAGCAAAAUCAGGUGGAGGAUUUGAUGCAAAAAUACAAGGAAACCAAAUUGAAAGAACUGGCAGAAGCACUUGCUGCUGAAUCUUUCCAUUCGUCGUCUUCGAAAUCCGUCCACGAAGAUGAAAGGAUCCACGAGGCAUGGGAAUUAGCCCAAGAAAUUGUCGAUAAAGAUCUAGUUCAGUCUGAAGUGUCUCACGUAAUCCUGAGAUGUGCUCAAAUGUACGAACAAAAUAUUCCAUCAGUCGCGGAUAUGAGUCUAAAUUAUGAACCAUCGGAGGGAGUUAAUUUGGAAUGUUGGAGUGAUCAAGUACGGACGAAACUUCUUCGAGAAAUGGAGAGAUCUUUCGAGGAACUUCGUUCGUUAUACAAUAAAGCCCUUAAGGACAUGAAGCAGAUGAAUUCAUCUGAGUUUACCUACGACUCACAACAGUUAUUGAGAGAAUUCGCUGGAAUUGUCGCACAGAAGGCACUCAUUGACGCCAGAAUCUCACUAUUGCUGAAUACUGAGGUCGAUAAGGUUGCAUCUAGGUUGAAUUCAAAUGACGAAACACUUGGAGGUGAGAGCCUUCCACUAGGGUUCAUUGCGGAAGAUAUCACAGGUUCAGUAUUCAGUGUAGGAUCUCCUCAGUCCUAUCAACAAUUUUCAGAAUCUGAGGAGGUACCGAAUUCUCCUCAGAUGUCUAAAGCUUUUGGGACCGUCAAGCAGUCGUUACUUGUCUUGGAGGAUGAUUUGAAAGAAUUGGGAUUAUCAUUGAAGGAUAAAUUACGGAUGGCUAGCAGUGACGAUUCUUCGUCGCCAGUAAAAUUCCAAAGAUCGUUGACUGAUUGGUCAGGAGUUUACGAUAAAUGUCGUGAGCUUCGCGAGCAUAUCAAAGGAUUGAAUGAUUACAUCAAAUGUUUUGCGUGUAAACAAUGUGAUCUUCUUCAGAAGUCAAUAAAAAGUAUUAAUAUGGAGCAUGCCGAAGAGUUAAAGCUACUGAAGAUGAAUCAGGAGAAGGAUCUCAUAGAAAUGAAGAGUGAAAUGGAGAAUCAGAGAAGUUCUUUGUCGUGCCAGUAUGAGCAGGAGGCGGCGAGUCUACGUGAGCGAGCAAGAAAACUUGAACAGAGACUGAACUUUAUGGAUUCUGAGCACUCGGCGCAUAUCAACGAGCUCAGGGCGGCUUAUCAGAGAUCCAUCAGUGCAGAAUUGGACACCGAUGUGGAGACGAGGAGGCGUUAUAAGGAGGAGAUCAAGCAGUUGAGAGCGCUCUGUGAGAAGGGAUUGAUGGCGAUGGAGAACUCGCACAGGAGAAUCAUUGCAGAGAUGGAGGAGAAACACAGGCAGGAGUUGGAGAAUCUCAGGGUAGAGAAGGAACAGGCCCUCUCUGAGGAGACACAGGCAACACUGGCAGCUCUUGAUGCCAUGAGGAAGGCUCAUGAGCACGAGGUGAAGAAAGAAAUCACCAAGUUCAAGCAGGAAUUUCUGAAGCAAAUGCAGGCCAGAGAGGAUAUUGGAUUACUUCAUAGAGAACAUGAAGAAGAAAUGGAGGAAAUAAAGCAAGAAAUUCUCUCACUCUCCGCAAAAUAUUCAUCAAAAUGCGUUGAAUCAGCUGCUCUGGAGGAAAAAGUUGGUUCCCUCACAAAACAAGUUGCCCAAGCCAAACAACACAUACUGCAACUUGACGCCAGGAACAAGCAGCUUCGGGCGCACUUGGUACUGGAAGCUAACGAAGGUGGAAUUGCUGAGCAGAGGGAAGAAAUUCACAGAUUACAGCAGCAGUUGAAGCAUGGGGAAGCGCUCACAGUCAUAUCCAAAUCCACCUAUUCACCUUAUCAUAGUAGUCCGGAGACUGCUGUUAAAAGAGAUAAAAGCACUGAAGCCGUGGCACAACAGACCCAAAGAAUCAGCAGUGCACAAAAAUUGAAAAACACAGGGGAUGAAUCACCAAGUGCACAGUAUCUCUGGGAUAGCAUUAAACCGAGGAGCAGUCACCAACAUCAAUAUCAAGAGCUGAUGAGGUCGCCAUCAGUGCGGUGGUCGGGGCGAAUAUGCCGGAGUCUUCCACCAACUCCAAUUUUGGGCUAUCAGAACUCUCUUUAUCCAUCAUUGACCUCGGUGGGCAUGGUUGCAGAGAGGAAAAAACGAUUUGAAGUUUAAAAUCAUCGUUCCUAAUGUGUUUGCACAUUUUUACUGGGCAUGUCACAAGUUUCCUUUAAAAUUUUGUGAAAAAAGUUUUUUUUCCAAAAACUUGCAUAAGUGGAUAGUUCUUCGUCAAAAGCACUAGGAUUUUUUUACUAAAUUCGUAUAAUUAUUCAGGGAUAUUAGAAAAAAUAGUGAAUAGUUAGACGCAGGAUUCCUAACGGUGGCUGAACAUUUUUUACUGAAGUUCUAUGAAACUUUUGUUGAAAGUUCUAUAAGUUUGGCGCCGAUUCUUUUGAAAAAUCAAAGAAUAGUUUACGAGAAAAAUCAAUAGAUUUUUAGAUAACUUCUUCUAUUCGUAACGCCGUAUUAAAUUUUUCCUUGAACAUUUGUUUACUAAAAGAAAUUUAUAUUGAAGUGAAUCCGUUUUUUUUAAAUAGUCAUUUCAUUUGGAUGGAAUUUAUAUAAUUCAAAUCAAUAAUUAUUUAGAGUUAGAAUUUACGAAAGACGACUAGAACUUGCAACAAAAACCCAUUAAAAUUUUGUAGCUAAUGCCAUUGGUUUUUUUCGUAUGCGAUUUCAACAAAAACAUAUCUUUUCACACACCAAACAAUUUUUUUCGGCCUAACAAUCAAGUAAUCUUCGUAGUUUCAUAUAAACAAUUCAUCGAUGUAUAUAACCCAUAUAUAUACCAACAAUCGAAAACUGUUGUCAAACCUUUAUUGAGCAUAUUUAUGUUGUAAAUAUGAUUCAAUGAGAUUCUCAGUUGACUAAUUAACAAAUCUGUCUUUUAUUAUCAAUGUUACUGAUGCACACCAUAUAUUACGAAAAAUUUGUUGGUGAAUGCACGUUCACGGGCAUUUUUUACACAUAUUAUUCGUUAAAAUCAACAAAUAAUUUUAGUUACAUGAAAAAUUUAUACAUAUUGAUUAGUUAAAACUCAUUAACUGCAUGAAUCGAGAUGUUUAUUCCCCAUUCAUUGAAAUUGUGUAUAGUUUUUUUUUUU